CCUCACUUUCCUGUCUAACUCUUUGAACUGUUGCUUCCUUACAUCCCCACAAGACAACUACGCUCUUCCAUUGACAAUAGAACCCUCUCAAUCCCAAGAACCAAAACUAAGACCAUCGGUGAACGCUCCUUCUACUUCCAUGCGCCCACGUUCUGGAACCAGCUCCCCUUCCAUAUCCGUCAUUGUGAAACCUCGUCCACUUUUAAAAAGUCCCUUAAAACGCAUCUGUUUAGCUCCGCCUAUGACCUGUGAUGCACCCUCCUUGCCCUGCCACAUUUUCUGUCUCGGGUUUAUCCUGUAGUAUAGGCCAAAACGUGCCAAAGUGUCCUCGUUUUAUAGCCAUUUUAAUUGUUUCUUUAGUAUGGUAGUUACUAUCCUUAGUGUCUCAUUUUUAUUUUACUUAGUUUACAUGUUUUUAAUAAUUUUAAAGCGCUUUGAGCUUUAAGGUAAGCACUAUAUAAAAAUGCCUAAAUAAUAAAUAAAUAAAUAAAUGGCUAGCUUAUCUUAUUUUGAUUAACUUGAAUGUGGUUAAAACAUUAUUUACAACACAAACUUUUAUUUACUCCUGAAUUCUAGACUAGAAAACAGCCAUUGUAUGGAUGUACUCGAUCACAAAAGAGAUUUUUAAUCGAUUCCUUUCCGACAAUUACAUAAUCAUGCAGACUUAUUCAAACAACACAUUUUAAAUCGCAUGGUAGGAAAUAUUUAUGUGUACAAUUAACCUCAGAAAUGAGAUGCACAUUUUCUUUUUUCUUGAAAAUAGGUUCAACAUGUCUGACUGACACAUUCAUUUAUCAAACCAUAAGACAAGAACUAAGAGAAGUUGAAUGUAGUACAGUUAUGCAGGGCGUGUAAUUAUAACAUGAAUCCUAUCUUGUUAGCUAAGCCGUAUCAGUUAUGUUGAUCCAAGUAGAACACACUACUUGUAUAAAUCUUUGUUUUAACUUUACACAUCCUUGUUCGUGACUAUGCAUAACGUGUCGGGAUUAUACUUGGCCGGGGCAUUGACAAUAUUAAGCCUAGGGGCAUUCAAGGCAUUUUGAAAAGAAAUAUCUAUAAACAUUUUAAAAAAUCAACUUACUUUAAGACAUCAUAACUUAAAAGCCUGUGCUGCGAUCAUUUAAUACUUAAAUAUCAACACCUUUCAACCUUAUGUCUGUGGUUUUUUUUUUUUUGACAUGAAAGCCAUUUCGGAUGACAAUUUUAUCAUUUGAGUGCCCAUUUACCUCAUGUGUGUAUAUGAGCUAGUAAACUAAUGAUCUCUUUGAAUAUGUUCCCACAAAUUACAAAGCCAAAUGGUCUCUGUUCUGCGUAUGAGUGGAGAGCACGGUCGUGGCAUAUAUGAUUACAUCGAUAUUGCCUAAAACAACUUCGUGAGUGAUAUCCUAGCAGAGAUCCCACGAUGCCUAUGACCUGUGAUGCACCCUCCUUGCCCUGCCUCAUUUUCUGUUUCGGGUUGAUCCUGAAGUAUAGGCCAAAAAGUGUCAAAGUGUCCUCGUUUUAUAGCCAUUUUCAUUGUUUCUAUAGUAUAGUAGUUACUAUCCUAGUGUCUCAUUUUUAUUUUACUUAGUUUACAUGUUUUUAAUAAUUGUAAAGCGCUUAGAGCUUUAUGGUAAGCGCUAUAUAAAAAUGACUAAAUAAAUAAAUAAAUAAAUAAAUAAAUAAAUAAAUAUUGAGGUUGCCUAUAACAACUUCGUAACAGAUAUAUCUCAUUUAUACGUUUAAGAAAAUAAUAUUUUAUAGUAACAUUUGUAUUAAAUAUAUUUUAAUAAUUAAUUCAAAUUUAUUUAAAAAUAAAAAGUUUAAAAUAAAUUUUAAAAAUCUUUUUUUGAAACCAAAUUAAUAUAUCGGAACACAAAAAUAUUCAAAAACUAUUUUUUUCGCCGAUUUGUCACUAACACCGUUCUGUAAGAUUUGAGCACCAUAGUUGUCUGUGAUUUCUCAUUUAUUUAUACCUUUACUUUUUUGCUGAUCUACUUGAGGAAGUUAAUCUUACACACACAGUAGUAUCUGCAGAUUAAAGUCUUUACUCUUGACAAAGUGGUAAUAAACCUAGAGGCACUAAGGUUGUUUCUGCGCAAGAAGAGAUGCUGUCACUUUGUGGAGCAUGCUAUUGAAAAAGAACUUUUAAAAUAAGACCAAUAUGGAAUUUGACAAAGAAAAGAUUAACGUUUAAGAAGUGAAUGGCAAGAGAACAAUUAAUAGAUACUGGACUCUCCCUGCGAGAAGAAUACAGUAAGAGAUUUUGGAGUGUAUUGAUCGCCUUCAAUCUGAUCCUUGAUACGAUCAUCAGCGAUCAAGUAAUUGAAUUAGAAAAUAUGUUUUGGGAUGUUCAACCCAAGAGUUUAUUAUCAGCAAGUGAAGAAGAGUUUUUGGUGUCCAAUCCAAAAUUACCCUCUUUUCAUGAGGAGUUAUCAGAAGAAGAACUUUUAAACGAAAUACCACGGCUUAGAAGACACCUAAAGACAGUUGAUAUUGAAUUUCACAAUUCAUAAACUUGUCUUUAUUUCAUGUUUUGAAAGCUAUAGCUGAAUGAGACUUCUUAGAAUCUCUUCCAACAAUCUCGCCAAGCCUUCAAUUGUUUCAUACGAUCUGUGUGUCUGUGGCUUCACGUGAGGGAAGCUUUUCAAAACUAAGACUUAUCAAGAACUAUUUACUAUCCACCAUGGAAUAUCAAAGUAUUUUUUAUCUGGCUCUAUUAUAAAUUAAAAGUGAAAUGGUGGAGAAUAUUGAUUUUGAUAAAGUGAUUGACAGGAUAGCAGAUUUAAAGACCAGGAAAGGAACUUUUUUAAUAAUGGAAAUUUAAUCUACAAAAUAACUACAACUUGACAUUUUUACAGUCCUUAAAUACAUUUACCUCCUGAACUUUAAUUAAUUUGUAUUUGUUCUUGUCAAUUAUAUACUGUGGACUUAUUUUUUUAAAAAGAAAUCGAUCGUGGCAGGUGAAAUGAGGGGGGGGGGGUGACACCUUUAGUUUACUGCGCAGAGUGACCCCGACCCUAGCUACGCCGCUGCAAAGAUACUUGUUUUUAAAAGAUAUGGGGAGUAAGAUUAACUAUUUCCUAUAUUCACAUUUCGAGGUCGUGGAAUAUUAUCAUUGUUUUUUUUACUAUUAUUCAAACCAUCAAAAUAACUUUCAAAAUGUUUAAACUUUAAUUAAUUUGUAUUUGUUCUUGUCAAUUAUAUACUGUGGACUUAUUUUUUUAAAAAGAAAUCGAUCGUGGCAGGUGAAAUGAGGGGGGGGGGUGACACCUUUAGUUUACUGCGCAGAGUGACCCCGACCCUAGCUACGCCGCUGCAAAGAUACUUGUUUUUAAAAGAUAUGGAGAGUAAGAUUAACUAUUUCCUAUAUUCACAUUUCGAGGUCGUGGAAUAUUAUCAUUGUUUUUUUUACGAUUAUUCAAACCAUCAAAAUAACUUUCAAAAUGUUUUAACUGUUCCACUCACAUUACAUAACCUGUAAAAAAUCAUUUAUUCUCAGUUAAAAAGACUGUAAUUUUUAUUCUGUUUGACACAGUUAUUCAUAUUUACUAGAUUACGAUCAUUGUUUUUUUUCCCUAAGUAACACUCAUCAAUUCGGUAUAUACCGUUGUAAAGCCAGAGUAACUACAAUCCAACCAAAAAAAAAAAACAGCUCGUUAUUUUGAUAAGUUUACCCUAUGUUUAUCCUGAUUAUUUGUUUUUUUAGGUCCGGUUAAGUCAGUGUGGAAAAUUUUUCAUUUACCCGAGGUGCAGGUGCGCUUGUGUGAUCCUUUAAACUGUUAACUAUUGACAGGAAGUGUCUCAGUCUUUAAAAACAACUUGAUCUAAGGCACUCUAAAUGUAGGUCUGGUGUUGAAGGAAAGACAAGCUCAUUGGUUUUAUAAGAAAUGUAAGCGGGUUUCUUCAAAUCUAGUCGUAGUUUAUGCAAUAUUGUUUAAAAUUUGAUUCCGUUAAAUUAAUUUUUAUGUAACAUAAAUACAUACAUUAACUACAAAUGUUAUAGUUAAUAAUUUGUGGAUUACACUUUGAUUAUUAUUCACUAUAUUCACAAUUUAAUUUAAGUAUUAUUUUUUUUUUAACAAUCAAUGUAAAUAAUGUUUAAUAAAAGUCAUUUUUGUUGCUGUAUAUAAUAUUUGCUGUUCAUCAUUUUGUUUUGAGUGCUUCUAUUUUUUAAGUCAAUGUUAAAGGAUGGUAAAUUUAUUUUAGAAGUAAAAACGAUGGUUUAUACACGCUUAACUUAUAAACAGUAAAAAUGUUUGCAUUACGAUUUGUGUUUUGAAAUAAUUUUUUUUCUUCUGUUUUUCGAUAGCGUAAAUUUGUGUACGGUUAAACACUUUUUAUCUGCAUCAUGUGUUUUUACAAUGUUUAAAGUUAACUUGAAAUUCUAAACCAAAUGCACUACAAGUGAAACAGUUUAGGUAUGAUUUAUAUUUUCAGCCAUAAUUCUUCUUUUAGAGAAGUUGUUAUAGAGAAAUACAAGAAAUGAAUCAUAGCGUUGUACAAGGGACAUUGCUCGUGUGCAUGGUUCUUGGUAUUCAAGUUACUGUGUCGUAUUACAGCGUCACUUUCCAAUACAACUGUCAAAAUCUUUGGGGGUUUCAUCAGUGUAGUCCUUGGAUGCUUUGGUUCUCGAAGAAUAUGUUAACCAAGUACGUUUUUUUUUUGUAUUUUAAUUCUAUAACUAUAAAUAGCCAGCCAAACAAUGGCGGCUGCAGUUUGUGAACUUCCAAUAUACUUCAGUCACCUGACAAAACGUGCAUUCAAAUAACGCUCUUUCAAAAAAAAUCCCAAUAAGAGCUAACUAAAAUGUGAAUUUCUUGUGAGCGCCUAUUGAACACGGCACUAUACCCAUACAUACACACCUAGGGUUUUGUCCCUAGUGAUUUUUUUUUUUUUUAGAAAGCCAAUGUAGGGACAGCACGCAUUAAAACAUAUUUAAUGAAGUGUUUAACAUUAUAAAAGCAAAGAUCACAUUCAAGCUUGGUUUAAACAUUGAAAGACUUUCUUUUAUUAUUUAAAAAGGGUAUAUCUUUACGAGUAUAUUUUAGGAAUGUCCGAAUUUUCAAUCGAAGUCUUAUCAAUCGUGUUUCGAAAGUGGUGCAUCUAAUGAAAGAUUCACGGAAUUUGAUAUAGGGCAACUUCAAGCUGCUCAACUCAGAGAUGGUUAGAAGGAAUUUUUAUAGUUAGCCCAUAUAUCUGUAAGAUUAGCUCUUCCAUUCGAGCUCUUCACUAUGCAAGUGGCUGGCUAAAGCAUUAUACACUUUAAAAUAUUAAUUUUCCUUAGACCAUUCAAACUCACUGCAUGAGAAAAUAGAUUUUUUCAUGAAAUAUGUAUCGUCAUAACUAAGGUCUACAUAGACGCAUUGUUUACGGCACCCUUCCAAAUAAUGAUCGAAGUUUCUUCCAAAAACUCAGUGAUUAUGAAACUUUAAAUGCUGCCAUCUACAACAUUGUCACCAAAAAAUUCAAAAGUCACAUUUGGUAACUCAGUGAAAUAUUUGUGGGGUUGUUAUCUUAAUUAAGGAAUUGGGGGUUAGUAUAUUAGCGAAUGACUUGUGGGGGUUGGUUUCUCAGGGAACAACGUGUGUGCUUGGUAUCUCAGUGACGGACUUACGGAUUAGGCAUCUCAGUAAAGAGCUUGUGGGUUUUAAUCUCAGGGAAAGACUGUUGGGGUUGGCAGUGUUUUUACGGAAAUCUAUCAUUGGUGUCAUAUUGGACAAUAUUGAAGUCUCUUUAUAAACUAAAGAAUUGAUGAGCCUAAGAAAAGUACACAAAUACAAUGAAAAUACAAAAUUCGUUAACAAAAACACGAUGAAUUUCUUCAUUCGUUCAACCAUCCAAACGUUCUAUGUAGUGUCUUAUCCUGAGAAAAAUAAUCUCAGGGAUGCAUUUAAUCAAUCUAAGGAAUUGUUAAAAUAAGAUGGUGGAUAAUGACAAACUCUAAAAGAGUAUGAGAAGUGUUAUAUUUUUAUUAAAAAUUUGAUUCCGUUAAAAAAAAUCCUAUGCGUGUAUGUAUGGGUGUAGUGCCGUGUUCAAUAGGCGCGCACAAGAAAAUCCCAUUUUAGUUAGCUCUUAUUGGGAUUUUUUUAGAAAGUGCGUUAUUUGAAUGCACGUUUUGUCAGGUGAAUAAAGUAUAUUGGAAGCUCACAAACUGCAACUGCCAUAAAUAUAUAUAUAUAAAUAUAUAUAAUAUAUAUAUAUAUAUAUAUAUUUAUAUAUAUAAUUGGCAUGUAAUUUAAAAUGCUUCUUGUUAUUAAAUAAAAAAAGAUCGCUUUAAAACGAAUAUAUUUAUGUUAUAUAUUUCAAUCAACACUAACAGUAACUUUUUUGCUGUAUGUUUCAUCUCAGCUUUAGAGACUGUCUGUGCUCAGCGUCAACAACAGAGUGCCAUGCGCACUCUUCAUAUCAUCACGGAUACGAUCAAGCAAAUCAAAUAGGUCCACGAACAUCAGAUGAGCAAGCCACAGCUGUACCUUUAUUCACGUGCAAGCUCGAAUUUCAUUCAAAUACUUUUAGAUGUAACAGAACAUCGGCUGGAUCUGACAACGCCACUAAAGCUUUUCAAUUUACAGGCGAAGCCAAAGCGUGUCCUUUUAUGUGCGUGGGUCUAAUUUUAACUAAUAUCGAUAGAAUAUCCAUUGAAAAUAAUAACAUAAUGAGCUAUUUCGAUUCCCUAGCGACUUGUCCCUUGAUUUCUGGCAUUAUUAAGACCACAGAAAUGUUGACUACCCAACCACCAACCACUAGAAAUGAACAUUCAACAGCAAGUUCAACAAUUACAACGGCGCUUUUUUCUACUGUUGCAAGCUCAAAAGAACUUUCAGGGUAUAACCACUCAGGUGAAAAUACACCUGAACUUCGUGACGGAGGGGAUAUCCAAGACCAAAUGACAGAUAUCGGCUUAAUAACUGGUGCUACAACUGCUAUUGUUGCAGCAAUUGUCAUUGCCUUGGUCGUUGUAUUUCUUUUGAGAAGACGAAUGAAGAAAAUAAGCCACACAAAAUUCCCCCAGAUCAACAAUUUUUCGUCCAAUCAUCCCACGGUUUCUGAUCCCAAAGCAACAACAUUUUUCUAAAAAUAACGGUCGAACUAUAAUAGACCUCAACAAAGAGCAACAUUGACAUGGGGCAGAAACGAACAAUGCUGAUCAAACAACAACCUUGUAGAAUAGAUUACGAUAGAGAGGCAAGGCGAGCGUCAACUCAAAAUCUGCCUUACACGGAACGAGAUUAAUUGUCUAUCAUCAGUUGAGUCUUUGGAAGUUUUUUUGGAACCAUUGCAAUGUAAAUAGUGAUACAACACAUUUACCGACUGCUUGACAGAAUGCUACCUUGCUUUGGUUAAAGUAUCCAUGCAACGCGUGGUGACGACUAAUCAAUUAUAUAUGCCUUUUUUAUUUUAUUAAAUCAAUUCAGCGCUGAACUGAUUUUGGUUUAUAAUGGGUGUAAUCAAAAUUAUUCCUAGUAAUUAUUGCUUAACUUAACAACUUAUUUUCUGACUCCAGUGUCUCCUUUAAAAAAAAAUGAUAUUAACUAUAAAACUGUUGGCUUAAAGCCCAAAUUUUUAAAAGAAAAUAAAUCAAUGAAACACCGAGUUCAACGUAUGUUUUACGUACAUAUUAAAUCAAUAACUAAGGAAAAGGACAUCUCGUUAUCAAAUAAAGGUUUUCAUUUGUUUCCAAAGUAUUGAUAAAGUUAUCAAAAUUUCUUGCUUGAAAUUUUAUUUUUAAAUUUUCAUAUAUUCGAAGUAUUUUUAUUAUUAUUUUAAAAUCGUCUUUACUGUAUUCAUUGUAUUAAAAAACUACUUGAAGAUAUACUCUCUUAUGUGUAAUAUUCUCGAGACAAACAAAUUAAACAUGAA